AUGCCGCUCGCAAAGUCGAAAAGUAAUGUUGGGCUGGGGAACAGUUUGAUGAACGAUCGGUUUGGAAAAGGCAGAGGUGCUGAUCGCAAGAAAGUUUCCUACAAUUCUGGUGCCGUUCGACGAACCGGUUCUUCUGGCGAGAAGUACAUCACCAACGCAGCAGAGGAGGCAUCAUGGGUUAAAAUGCGAAGUAUUACUGAGCAAGGUUCUCUGGAUGAAUUUCUGAGUACCGCGGAGCUUGCUGGCACGGAUUUUACGGCGGAGAAACUCAACAAUGUCAAAAUCAUACACACCGAUCAGAAGAACCCAUAUCUGCUCUCUGCAGCUGAUGAGAGGGCUGCUGUUAAUAAACACCAGCGGAAUCGUGGCAGAUUAACGGUACCCCGCCGCCCGCAAUGGGACGAAACGACAACCCCGCAACAGUUGGAUAAGUUGGAGCGCGAGAGUCUGCUCGACUGGAGGAGGGGGCUUGCUGAGUUGCAGGAACACCAGGAUCUCUUGUUGACACCAUUUGAAAGAAAUUUGGAAGUAUGGAGACAGCUGUGGAGGGUUAUCGAAAGAUCGGAUUUGGUCGUGCAAAUUGUUGAUGCGAGGAAUCCGUUACUUUUCAGAUCUGAGGAUCUAGAAAAAUAUGUAAAGGAGGUGGAUCCGAAGAAGCGGAACCUGUUACUGGUCAAUAAAGCAGAUAUGAUGACAGAUUUUCAGCGAGAAAUAUGGGCGGAGUACUUUGAAGAGCAUGGUAUCAACUACAAGUUUUUUUCUGCUGCAUUGGCUAAGGAGAGCCUCGAGGCGAUGGAAUUGGCUAACAAGGACGAGGAUAAUGAUGGUAAUGACUCAGAGGAUGGGGAACUUGCCAGUGAUACCAAAAAGAUGAAUAUUCAAGUUGCGGAAGGACGCUCGAAUGAUGAAGGCUCAGAGGAAGAGGAGGAGGAGGAUGAUGAUGAUGGCGUGUCACUCCCUAAUACUCGGGAUACGCGUACUAAGAUUCUUACGAUUGACGAGCUUGAAGAUCUUUUCCUUACAGCUGCACCAAACAUAAAGCCAAAAGACGGGGACAGAGGAAAACCCAAACCAAUUACAAUUGGCCUUGUCGGAUAUCCCAAUGUUGGUAAAUCUAGCACAAUAAAUGCUCUCCUUGGCGCAAAGAAAGUAUCAGUAUCCGCCACGCCGGGGAAAACAAAACAUUUCCAAACCCUCUAUCUCUCGCCUAACUUCCUCCUGUGUGACUGCCCCGGCCUAGUUUUUCCCAACUUUGCAACGACAAAAGCGGAGCUUGUUGUGAACGGUGUUCUACCUAUAGAUCAGCUUCGCGAAUUCCUAGGUCCAGCAGGAAUCGUUGCUCAGCGGAUUCCAAAAAUUUUCCUAGAAGCUGUCUAUGGUAUGAAAAUUCAUAUGCGUCCUCUCGAGGAGGGAGGCACUGGUGUCCCCACAGCGUCAGAAGUUCUUCGUGCAUAUGCGCGGGCUCGAGGAUUUUCCACAACAGGUCUUGGCCAACCCGACGAAUCCCGCGCUGCUAGAUAUAUAUUAAAGGAUUACGUCAGUGGGAAGCUACUGUUCUGUCACCCGCCACCUGCCUCUGAAUCUGACAUUGAAGCUGGAAAGAAACCGAUUGAUCCAGCAGAGUUUAAUCGAGAGUUAUACGACAUCGACCAUCUCCCUCCUAAAAGACGAGAGGCCCUUCUCCACCACGGCGCAUCAUCAACGUUCUUAUCUGAGCUUGACGGAUCAUCCCGCCAUUUUGAUGCCAAUGCAGACACAAAUAGCAACGUCUUGUCAGUCCAGUCUUCCGCUGCUUCCCAUCCUGAGGGCGCCCGCUCGCGGAAGAUCGACUCAGGGUUCUUCCCGGCAGUGGGUUCAGGUGGAGCAGAACAACUCAAAAUGCCGUUUAAUUACCAGUACACGCAACAAGGAGCUAUCCAGAGACAGAAAGAGCUUUCUGGUCGGAAACAAAAGGUGAUGGUAGCGUUGGAAAACGGGAUUGAUCCUUCAGAGGUUAGGGGGGUUGGCAAGAAACAUUUCAAGGGUGGGAAGAGAAAGGCAAUAGAGCAAAAGAAGAAGGCGAAGGCUAAAGAAGGGGAUGGUGAUUUCUAUUAG